UCUCUGCUUCAAACUAGCACCGCAGGCUCGGUGUUGACCUAUAUCACUCCAUCUCCAGGCGCUUCGCCAAUUGCCGUCACGCGACAGAGCCAGUUGGUGUCUUCUGAUGUGCCCAUAUUCACGCUAUGUGCUCUGCCGCCAGAAGCCUUCUUCCCUGUCACUGCAGCACCUACACAAACAACCGCUCCAUACCAAAACUACUCCAUCUCAAUACCUCCUGGUCCUGGUACUUGCACCACAAUCUACAGUCCAACCGCUAUAGAGGUUUGCGCUACUACUCUGACUGGCAUCGACCGUCUUUACCCGGUAACCGCUUGCGAUCAAGAAAUUACCUUCUCAAGCGACUUUGGCUACAUCAUAGAAACGCCCAGCCCGACCUCGAGCAAUGUGACAGAUACGAAUGGGUCAGCUGUGCUCAUCACUCCAGCCCCUACUGUACAGCCGCUCACCACGUACUAUGUCGCUCCAUGGACCGAGCUCACUAGUGCUGGCCCUCCCUCAGACGUGGACAAGAAGAUUUGUGCAACCUUUGCAAACGGCACAGAAGAGUGUCUUGUCGAGUACUACGUGUGGAAGACUAGUCUCGUCACCAUCCCAAUGUCUACUGUCACGUCCAUCAAUCUGACUACCGUUGUUUCUGGACCCUCGCAGCUGAUCAUAGAGACCUUUGUGGCCAAUGUGACGGAGAUAUUCACAACAUUCUCCCUGUCCACAACCAUGGAGUUGACCUAUUCUGUCGAAACUGAAACGACCAACAUCGCUACAAGGCCAACCGUUUAUACUGGGCCUACCGUUACGCAGACGUACACUGUG